AUGCAUGCAGAGAAAUGGCUAAUAGAUAUACAACUAAUACAUAGUGUUGUUUCUUCUGAGAUAAUAUCUGAAAAUAAUACUUCGGAUAGAAAGUCAAAGAAAAGAAAACCAGGAUCCAGUUCUAGAUCUGUUCGAGUAUCUGAUUCAGUCAAUAUUAUUAGGAUGAAGGCUAGCUUUUCAGCUAAUAAAGUUGGUAUAACUGAUAUUCUGAUAAAAAAAGUAGAUGAAAUGGAUGACUUACAAGUUAAGCUUGCACAAAAUCGUAAAGAAAGGGAAGAAGCUAAACGUGAGACGAAAAGAAUCUUAGAUUCUAACUAA